CUUCGGAAAUGCAGUUCCAAGUCAGAAAAAACCCACUCCAUCCCUUUCAUAAGGCGUGAUUGAAGAUCUACACUCCCGCAGAAUAACUUUCAAAGGCUUGUAUCUGCAUCUUGAUCACCCUGGCUCCAAAAGGCCCACAUCCCAACCACCCACCAUUCCAAAAGCAAGAAAACCACUAAGGACAAGGGGGAUAAGCAACUAUGGUAUCUAUCAUCUCUGCGCCUCUGAUCUCCAUUUAUUCACCUGUCUUGCUGCAUUGUAUUGCUAGAAGACCACACACCAGUACUGCACCAUACUUCCUCAACAAUGGACUGGUUUUCUUGGUUGUCUAAGACUAGCCUUGACCCAACCUUAGUGUAUGAAUAUGGCCUCGCUUUGGCAUAUAAUGAGCUCGAAGAAGAAGAUGUCAUCUACUUCACCCAUGAUUUUCUGAAAAGCAUCGGCAUCUCUGUAGCUAAGCACAGGUUGGAGAUACUGAAGCUUGCAAGGAGAGAGCAUGGGAGGAGGCCACAACUAUUGUCUAGGCUGCUCGCAGCGAUCAAGAAGACUAAGAGGCAUUUUAUCGAGUAUUUCCAUGGUUUUCUUAAAAGUCAGCCUCCUACACUGGCCUUAGUGCCCGACCCAAUGAGCAUGAGUGGGAAGGUGAGGAAGAAGAAUCGAAAAUUGGCGGGGGUAAAGCCACCGGCAGCGCUGCUGAUAGGUGGCGGCAGUGGCGGCAACAGGUUGAAUGCCAUGGACUUUGAUCCUGCAACUUCCCUGGUUCUUAGCAAGCCCAUGGGUGAUCAAGGUCUCACUGAUCCAAAUUUGCAAGAUCCUAACAUUGAUCCUGGAUGGGCUUUGAUGUUUCGUGAUCUGAAACUUACAUGAACCAACAAUGAGUAUUUAUUGUUAGUUUCGUUAUAUGAUAAAUGUGUCCAAUGUAGUGCUGAGAAUUGAUAGCCUGCUGCUUAGAGUUUAUCAUGUAAAAUGCCUCAGCACUCUGUUUUGCUUUCUGGGUAACAUAAAAAUUGUUUGGGCUUUGUUUGAUGCAGCCAUUUUUAAA